AAGGAGGAGCUCUGGUAGGAAUCCUGCAGGCAUGCUCUUUCAUGCAACCCUUCCCAUGCCCCUAAAUCUAGCCCUGGCCUCCCCACAUAGCUGUGCUAGUGCACCUCUACCCAACCCCUUGCAAUCUGUCCUGGAUGUCAGCUUUGUGGCUGUGCUUCUGUCGGGGCAUGCACAGUUCUUCCUAUUUUGGUCCUGAUCUCCUCGCCAACAGCUCCGGAAGCACACCACAGUCAUGUCCUGUAGCACAGCGGUUCUCAACCUUUUUUUGCACCACGACCCAUUUGUAAACGGUGAUGGCCAGUCCCAACCCAGCGCCCCUCAUUCCUGACCUGCUGACCCCAGCCCCCGCAGUGUGUGGAGCAGGGGGUGGGUGUGGGGUAGAGGGGUAUGUUUGGGGCAUGGAGGACCUCAAGCAGCCCCUUGCAGGCUGGAUCUCUGCCAGCCUGCAAGGGGAAGGCCACAGUUUCCUAGGUUUUUCUCUUUUAAAGGAGAAUCUAUUUUUAAAGUUUGUUCGCACUCCUUUCAUAUAUUCUUGCACCCUACUUUUGGGUCACGACUCACAGGUUGAGAAGUGCUGCUGUGGUACACUCUGCUGUAGCAGGUCUAGACUCGCUGCAAUGGGUUAUGCCAAUGCAUUUCAAUCCUGGCUGGCAGCACUUCUCACUAUUCCAGUCCUGGGCCUCUUCUGAGUAGUGGGACCUUGCAUUUUCCAUGUGAGAUCAGCCCAUUUGACUGCUGUUACCUCUCCUUUGUACCCCCCUUAGUCUCACUGUGUUGAGCAUCUGGAGUGAGACCUUAAGGCUGAAUAGCGGUUAAACAGCUGCCAUGUAUUCCCUGGGAAAUCUGGCUCAAACAUAAGGAGGUGCAAAGGCAGCAUAGGCAAAGCAGUUGUUGGAGCUGGGAAGAGAGCAUGGAGGUCCUUGGUUCAUGAAGACUGUCCCCACCAGCAUGGGCACCAGUGAAGGGAGCAUGAAGGGAACAGUGGGAGUAGAUGGAGAAAAAGGUGUGAUGAAGAAAGUGCUUACUCGCUUAGAUGUAUUUGGCUUCCAGCUACUUAUAAACAGUGCUUGUUUGAGCUUAUCAUCUGUGAAAUGGUCUGAAGGAGAUCUACCGUUAACACACAGAGGUCUGCCACCUCCAAAUGUUCAGAAAUCCUCUCCAGCCUCAGAUCGUGAAACGACUUAAAAUACUUUUGAAACCUAAUAAAAGCUGGGUGCUUGUUAUUUGCCUUCUGGUUUUUGAGCCUUCCUGCUUCAUAUUUUCCAGCUUUUCUCUGCAAACACAAAGGUUAGAAAUUAUUUUAAAGGAAAGUUGGAUAUCUCCUCAUCCCGGUAGUUUUACCUUUUUCAGAAAAAUACCAGGUAUAAGGGGUGGGGGGAAGAUCAUUGCUAGAAUGGUGAUUUCUGGAAGGAUUUCCAUAGGAGUUAACUGAGGUAGCCUGUUUUGGAGAUGAGUAGGAGGGGAUGGGAUAGAAGUAGAUUUAAAUAGUGAAUUUGCUACAAAGAGGGCAAAUUCUUAUCUACUCCAGUGCCCUCUCUUAUAAUAGACCAGCAAAUCAAUGUUUGAUAUUUCAGAACAAACACAAGAAAUACUCUUUGCCUAGGACAUAAUUAACCUGUGGGACACCUUGCCCUUGCAGGAUUGUUGUACCUGGACUUUUUGGCUGGAUUUCACAAAGGGUUAGACAAGGACAUAGAUGAGCAGAAGGUCUAUAUGUGUCAGAGGUUUGAAUACUUGACAGCUAUAAAUCCUGAUGCUUCAGGGUGGAAUUGCCAAGGACCGGGAGUAACCCUCCUUUAGGAGGUUAAAUCAUAAUUUCCCAGUAGCUUAACUUCUGGCAGUGCCUACAGGGUACUAAACUGGACAGACCACAGCCCUGCACCGGCGUGGUGAUGGUUAUACUUCUUGCCCCAUCCACCGAUACAACCAGACACCUGCAUCUUUCCCUCUGUGCUUUCAAAGCUUGAAGGAGAGGCGAAUGCUGCAAACCUGAUUUUGAUCUGUAUGUAUGUGGGGAAGGCGAUGGGGUUCAACUAAUUUCUCUUCCCUCUAUAAUGUUCUUUUGGUUCCUCUGUAAUUUAGGCCCACAGGAUGACCCAUUCCUGCCGUUCCCCUGGACCAAGUGAAUUAUACGCGCCUUCUUCAUAAUUACAUUCCAGAAGACCGCUUCUGCCAUGUGGCUUGUGUCUAGACUGGGACCUGCCAGGACCUUAAGGGGGGAUAGUUUGGGGGUGGAGAGGCAGAGGAGGACAUACUUAAGGUCUUCCCUCUCCCUCCCACAUACCAAGAUGAACGUGCAUCUAAACCACCCUGAAGUCUACGGCCUUAGUUACGUAUGAGGAGAUGCUGAAGCCUUUACUCUUCUGUAGAAGAGGUUGUAAAGGAAAUAAGUCAGUGAGGCUUUAUUGGUUUGAAAUGCUAUGAAAGUGUUGCAAAGGAUUAAAAGAGACUGAGACAGAUGGUGGCUAUCUGCUAGAGGCAGGUAUGCUAUUGGACACUGAUGGCUUGAUCCUGAAGUUUGAGUUUGAUGCAUGGUUUUCUAUCCUGUGUUAUAAGGAAGCUCAGAAGAGAUGAUCAUAAUUGUCCCCUUUUCUCUUAGAAUCCAUGAAUCUUCGGUGGGAUGUUUUUGCAGGGCAGGGACAUCCGCUGCCGUUGGUCACAAGGAUGCAUGCAAGUCUCCCUUUGACCUAACCAGCAACAGGAAGAUGCACGGAAGCCUCUGAAAAUGGAAAACCCCUUCACAUUCAGAUUAAAAGUACAAAGGGUUUCCCCCUCAAAUGAGGUAUUGAUUCCAUGGUGUUCUCAAUAAUCAGCUAAGGAAUUGCAGCCCCUGUAAGGAGGAGGAGGAUUACAUUAAAAUGGCUUACUGAGGACAGAAUAAGAAGUAAUGAGCUUAAAUGACAAAAAGGGACAUUUUGAAUAUUAGAAAGAACUUUUUUUCAGUAUAUGUUUGGUUAAAUACCAGAAAGGAUUACCUGGAAUCACUGGAAGUUUUUUUAGAAGCAGAUUAGACGACACCUGCUUGGUUGAGAUGGUGUAGAUGAUCCUGCCUUGGGCAGGGGGUAGGACUAGGUGACCUCCAGCCUGAUUUUUUCUAAUUCUAUAUCUGGAAAUCUCACCUUGGACACUGCUAACAGUCUAGGUUAGCUGGAACAAUGAUGGUAAAUAGCUGGAUGAAUUGUAUAAGGAUUUUGAUAGGAGCUAGUUGUUGAUAUGGCCACUUUUUAGGCUAUGGGCAAGGAGUUGAAGUAGAUACGACACAAAAGCUUUUGCUGUUCCUGUCCUUAGCGACCUGUUCCGUACACCAAGGGCUUCGCUCUGCAAGUAGUGAGCAAGGCUGCUAAUGGAGCCUCUUUUGUAGGUCCAACAGUGAGUGACAAGUGCUUGUGACUUGGACUGUCUUCCCCUGAUGCCAGUGCACAAAGUCCAGCUAAGAAGUAAUUAAUUCUCUGACAAAGUCCCUAUGGUCAGAUGGAGUUGAGGUGAGUAGUGCAUAUCGGUAAUACGAUGCCAGCCCGAGAUCUUCUGGGUUAAAACGUGUUAAGAAAUGGAAUUGCAGCUCUGUUUUGUCAUGUCACCAGGUACCAGCAAUAACUGCAUGACUACAACGAAGGCAUUUUGGUGUUUGCGAGACCUGGAAUAAACUGAUUUUUAACGGCAAUUUUGCAGGUCCACUUCCCCUGCCUAGCGUAACUACAGGGCAAAGUGAGGUUAUAAGUUAUUUCUGCACCUCCUAAUAUGCCAAGAAAUUUGGUUCAGAUGACCAUUUUAAACAGAUGGCCUUUUGGAUGUGAUAUUUUCACCUCCUUUAUUAUAGGCACUUCCCUCGCCCUGCUAGUGCAAGUUUUACUGUGUCUAUGUGAAAAGAAUUGGUUGUGCACACCUGUUGCAAGUGCAAGCUAAGCAUGUGGUCACAGGCACAAUAUGGCUCCUGGGGUUAUAAAAAUCCUUCCCUAAACUGCACCCUUUGUUUAACUAAAAGGGCUGCUAUGGGGAUAUUUGUGCCUUCCAAAGUGAACAGAGCACCCCUAUGGUGCUGAGUUCUCCCUGCAAUGUUCAGCCCAAACCAGCGUGUUUUGUUCCUUUAGGACGUUGCGUAACCUUGGAUGCAUGUAGCUCUUGCAGUGUUGCAGGCAGAAAUUGGAAAUGGAAACAAUGCAGAUCAGACAAGUGACUACAAAACAUGUUAUUCUUUCUAUUUUUACCCAGCUGCCACGUGUGAUCAAACUUUUCUUCCGUUCACCUUUGGGGAAAACCUUCGAUAGGCCUAUCGAACUCCAAAUAAGUGGAAGAUAAAGAGAAACACGGUGGUGGGCUGUUGGUCUUUUGGAGGAAUUUUGAUUCUUCUUAUCAAUGCAAUUUUGUCCCUUUAGCCAUUCAAAAAUAAAAUAGCAUUUGCCCUUCUGAUUAAGCAGCUGUUUUGAGAUAAGCCAGAAUGCAGAGCUUUAUUGAUCCAGUGAUAAGCGGCGGAUGUGUGAACCGGGCAGGGGUGGAGGGAGCAGAGAGGGCGACAGGCCCUUUUGGGUAUAUAGGUAGGGAUCCUAGAGGUCCCAUUUCAGCCCCGUGUCCAGGACUGAACUGCAGUGACCGGAGGACCCUUUGGGAACUGCUUCCAGAGAAGAGCACCAUGAAGUGGCUGAUUCUUGCCCUGGUGUGUCUCCACCUCUCUGAGGGGGUGGUGAGAGUUCCCUUGAAAAGAUUCAAGUCCAUGCGGGAGGUGAUGAGGGACAAGGGCGUGCUCAAGGACUACCUGAAGACGCACCAUUAUGACCCAGCCAGCAAGUACUACAAUCAGUUCGCUGUUGUUUCCGAACCCCUGGCUAACUACAUAGAUAUGUCCUACUAUGGUGAGAUCAGCAUUGGGACCCCUCCCCAGAACUUCCUGGUUCUCUUCGACACGGGCUCUUCCAACCUGUGGGUGCCUUCCGUGUACUGCCAGAGCGAGGCCUGCACCAACCACCCACUGUUCAACCCUGCUAACUCCUCCACAUACUCCACGCAGGACCAGAGCUUCUCUCUGCAGUACGGGACUGGCAGCCUCGCAGGAAUCUUUGGCUAUGACACCGUCACCAUCCAGAACGUUGCCAUCUCAGACCAGGAGUUUGGCCUGAGCGAGACGGAGCCUGGCACCAACUUUGUCUAUGCCCAGUUUGAUGGGAUCCUGGGGCUGGCCUACCCUGCCGUCUCCUCUGGGGGUGCCACCACCGUGAUGCAAGGCCUGAUUCAACAGAACCUCCUCGAUGCCCCACUCUUCAGCUUCUACCUGAGCUCGCAAGACGGCUCUCAAGGUGGUGAGCUGGUCUUCGGAGGUGUCGACUCCAACCUGUACACUGGGCAGAUUAUCUGGACUCCCGUCACCCAGGAGACUUAUUGGCAAAUUGCGAUUUGAAGGGUAAGUUUCUCCAUCGGUGGACAGACCACUGGCUGGUGUAGCAGUGGCUGCCAAGGCAUUGUGGACACUGGGACUUCCCUCCUCACUGCUCCUGGAGAUGUCUACUCAAACCUGUUGGAGUCUAUUGGAGCUGAGGAAGACAGCAACGGCCAGUACGUUGUUAGCUGUGACAGCAUUGAUAGCCUGCCAACCAUCUCCUUUGUCAUCGGUGGAACCAGCCUCCCUCUGCCUACGUCAUCCAGGUAUGCAUUUCUCAUUAGCACAGAUGGUAGCUGCGUGGUUGGCAUUGGGCCCACUUACCUGCCAUCCCAGAAUGGGCAGCCCCUGUGGAUCCUUGGUGACGUCUUCCUCAGGUCUUACUACUCUGUUUAUGACAUGGGCAACAACCAGGUGGGCUUCGCUCCUGCAGCAUGAAUGAAACCCACCCUCUUCUGUGCGAUGCCACACUGCUUCCCGCCUCUCCGCUGACCCUCCGUGCUGUGACAUAGUGGUCCCGACUGCCUCUCUGCCACGUCUUGAGCAUCUCUCUCCACUGAACUCUGCUGACCUUUUUUUUUUUUUUAAAGCGUCUCUCUCUUGUACAAUUAGUGGUAUGAAAUUCCGGGCUCUCUUCCAAAGGUGACUGCAAAUAAAUAAAAAGGCAUAAAAAUAACAUGA